AUGGGCCGUCGUGAAUUUGAAACUAUAAAAUCUAACAUCAAAUUUCACAAACCAGACCAUGAAGAGGCAAAGGAUAAGGCCUGGCGUCUGAAAAAUCAAAAGCUUCGAGCGACCGGCACUGUAAGAAAAGAUAGGAUUAAAGUGUCUAACGGAAUCGAUGCGAAAGCUCGUAGGGGAAUAUCUAAAGUAAAGCAUGAUAGCAAUAGUGUUAUGGAUUCAAAAGCAGUUUCGAUUCUUUCUUCAGCUGCUGGCGUCACCCAUACUUCGAACGUAUCACGUUAUGAUAAGGAAGCCAAGGGGAAAGCUGUAAUACCUUUUCCAAAUGCCUUGAAAGUUUAUAACAAUUUUAUGGGUGGAGUCGACCUACACGAUCACCACUGCAACAACUUGAUGCCAAUAAUUCGAGCCAAGAAAUGGACAUGGACCAUUUUCAUUAGACUGAUACAGGCAUCAAUCACAAACGCUACAGUGCUUUAA